GAUUAUAUUUUGAUGUUUGAAAAGUUGAUACGAGCUUUUUUCAAUUUUCAUCCUGCUUUACAGUAUUUAAGGCCAUAUAUGACACGUUUCAUCAUUAUAUAAAUGUGAAUAAAACGCAGAAGACCCGUACCAGGGCUAUUCUUAAUCACAAUGGAGCCUGAGUCAGGCACCAGCAAGACUUCUUCGCCGGCGAGUCCAGGCCUUAAUAUUUCUAAAUCUAGACUAACCAGGGCAAGAAAACGAAGGCGUGUAUCAAGUGAGAGCAGUUCGGACACAGACCCUGUGCUCCCGGAGAACCUUCUAGAAGUAGAAAAGAAUCUCCAUGCUUCUGCUGUGAAAAAUAAUCUGGAUGAUGUCAGUGUAAAGAAAAUUUUAAAGACCGUAGUUACAAAUGACCAUGUGCUGGCUCUGGUGAAACUUCAAGAAGAAGAAGAAAAUAUGGAAUCCCACUCGGAUACUCCCAAGCCGAAGCUUACUAGGUCUAAGGCUAAAGAACUACGGAAAGUGUCACCAAAAACAGCUUGGAACCUUGAGAAUCUAGAGCUAACACCAAUCAAGCAUAUACCGGUGAAGACGCGGCCGGAGGUCACGGCACUUAUCGCUCAGGAGCUGCCGGAAGAUGAGGACGAUGAAGAAUAUGACCCCAGGGCUGAUGAUGUACUGAGUGAUGAUGACCAAACUCUGGAAUCUUGCAGCGAUGUUGACUCGCAGCCCCGCACGCCGGCCACGCCGCGCCGCACCACUAGUCCCAGGAUCGUCAAAGACGGACCCUUUAAAGUACCACAGGAGAUUUCAACAUCCCGCCGCAAGCUCGACCUGGAUGAAGAAGCCACUAUCGCCCUCCGGACGCGCUCAAAACUCUCCCUGUCCUCCGUCCCCAUCGACCACAUAGAGGGCUCCUUCGUGCCCCCCGACGAGGCCCCCAUGCCGGCCGCAGACGAUGUGUGGACCGAGUUCCUGCAGAUAUGUCUCAACCCCGAAACCGAGGCGCAGGAUGAUGAUGAUGAUCCUGAAUAUAACGUGGCGCAGGAUCCUGAUGCCCAUGACGAAGACGAGGAAGGCCUCGAGAACAUAAUGAAGAUAUCGAAGAAGGAAUUGAACGAUCUAGUCACGGAACUAUUUAGCGUUAUGCCUGAUGAGGGUGAUGAACUAGGUGGUAAACUGACUAGCCAGACAGGGAAAAAUAAUGGGAAAGAACAAAAUCAAUCAUCAACUAGUUGCAAACAGGAACCAUCGUCCGAGGAAGAAACGCCACAAACCCCGGCCCCGGUCCAAACGAGAGAGAAAGAGAAGCGGCUAUCCAUUGGAAAGAGCGAGGUGCUCACCGAUAACGAAUGCCAGGAGAGUGAGAAGGAAAAUACAGAGAAGAAUAAAGCUCCUCGUCCUCCGCUUCCGACGGAAGUGACGAUAUCAGUGGUGGAGCACGGCCUGGCCGCGGUCCCGGGCGCCGCCGCCGGCCCCCCCGCCCCCGCGCCGCCCGCGCCGCUGCAGCACCUGCUCGUCAGCAGCCAGACCGUGCUCGUGCAGGUCGAACAGGGCGCCAAGGUGUUACCCGAACAAAUAGAGAUAUAUCGACAGCAGCUGCGGCAACACGUGCAGCUAUGCGCCUCCAAUUUUCUGCAGUUGUUCGUGCAUCCCGUGCACUGGGCUUUGGCACCCACUUAUAGAGAGAACUUGGAAACAUUUUAUAAAAUGGUGGAGGACAACCCGAAAUCCGUGGCGAAGGUCUGCAACCUGAAGCCAGCCAUAGACUUAGUCCGGAGCUGGGAGACGUCCGUAUCAGCUGAAACUCCGGAAAACAUGGAAAUGAUUACGUUCGUCCAGAAGGAGAUAGAAAGAUCUCGUCGCCGCGCAGCACAGAACAAUUUAUACGUGGGCGAUUUCCCGAAAACAUUCAUGAACGUGGUGUCCAACAGUGCCGUGUUCCUCUACCCUCAUCUGUUGCCGCCCAUGCCCUUCCGGUCGGACAUCUUCAGGAAGUUCGGGUACCUACGCUGCGAGGACGAAUUGCUAACCCUCGGCAUGGACCAAUUCUGGCAAUACGUAGAAGACAACCCUUCCCUAUUCAACAUCCAACCCACUAACUCCGUGCACCGCGCCGGUCUCAUCGUCACGCUGCAACUAGUCUGCAAGCACAUGUUCCCGUGGAUCAAACCCAAGGGGCUGCUGGCUCAUAUACGACAUGUCAGGCAGUUUAGGAAGGAUAAUAAGGAAAAUCCUAUCAUUAAAUUCUUCGAGACGCGAGAAGUGACGCCGGUGAAACACACGCUGUUGCCGUUCAACCCAAACCUGACGUUGUACGAACAGCCAGAAAACGAAAUGCCCAGAAUCUGGGUUCGGCAUCUCGCGCAGAGCAGCAAGCGGUUCAUGGAUGCCAAAUACCGUCGCACGACCUUCCUCCACCACUUCGGGCAGGCCCCCGCCGGCGUCCCCGUGGAACUAGGGUCCGCCGUCACCGCCCCCCCCAAGAACCCCCUUCCCAUCGACUUCACCAAACAAUACAACACCAACAGACCCUCCGACCUCCCCAAACCCGAUCAAAACCAACAGGACAGAUUCGACAUACAACUAACCCCCAUAACCCAAGAUGUCCCAACUAUAACCCCAGCAGCGAUAACGACAGCUACAGAAACCCCAUUCCAAAUAGUGAACUACAGUGUAAUAAACACUCCUAAUGGAGCUUUCUUAAUACCAGUGGCGACUACCGUCACUAACACUGCGACAACUCCUAUAUGUUCCUCGGAAGUGAACGAAACUGUACAGAGUAAGAAAGUCUCUGUGUCUAUACCGAUGGAUCCAGUUAAUAAAAAAGUCAAUGAGGAAAUACCUAUCGGUGACCAUUGCCAUUGCUGUAUAAAACUAAGAAGGAUUAGUAAAUUAAAACAGACUUUGAUGACGGAUUUCUUAAAAGUGCCAAAGAAAAGACCGAGUUGCCCGUGUAAAGAGAAGAAAAGUACGAAAUAUCCGAGGGCUACGAAGAAGUUGAGGUUGCUGGUUAAUAGUUAUAAGGCGAAGUACUCUCUUGCGUGGAGCGCGUUGGAUGGUCAGGUGAAAAUGUUGGAGAAAAGCUUGAAUUUUAAGGCACAGAAACCCAUGGUGGCUGUGCAGUAUAAUUUGGAGGAGAUAGCUGCCGUAACAUCAUUCCAACUCAAACUAACCAUGCGCUCCAACGUAGCGCGCAGCGUAUGGGUUAAAAAGCGUAUCUACACCACCAUCGCCCAAUUCAACCCUGACAAUGACAACAUCUACACAUUCAUGAAAAAUAUAGAGAAAAUACUGGACACGGAGGGAGUGGAUGUUUACAAAGAGUUCUUGGGGUUUCUGACGAUGGAACAGGCGGAUAAGAUUGGGAAUUAUGCGGAUUAUUUUAAUCAGGAGUGCCUUACGGGCUUGAUGAAGAAGGUUGAGGAGGUAGUACAAUGCAGGAAGCGUAAAUACGAAAUCCUACACUGCGUGUACAGCACUCUAGUGGUCCAACGAACAAACGCGUGUGACAUUUGCUCCCGAAUCCUUGACACUUGUGACGGUUACCCGUCACUGGCAGAAUACGUGUUCUCGCUGUUCCCGCACACUAACCCAAUAUUGGAUCCAAAAAAUCAGAAUAAAGUACCGAUCCGUGAAGAAAACAAAAACACACCAACGCCGAGUGCUCGAAUAGUCAUAAAUACGCCUCCGAAAAAUAAUAAAAAUAAUACAGAUACAGUCGAAUUGAACACAGGGAAAAAUAGUGCCGUCCCUGAACAGAGUAGUAGAAUUCUACGAUCAAAGGGCAAAAUGACAAAAAAUAAUGGCCCCCAAUCUACACCUGCUGUAGUGUCAUUACUUUCAGACGAAGAAGAAGAUAGAACUGUCUCGCAACUCACAGAUAGCGUACAGAAUAGUGCACCACAAACCAUAGACAAUAUACAGGCUCAAAGCACAGAUAAUGUAGAGCACAGACUAGAGCAACGUACAGAUAGUAUGGAGGUAGACAAUGAUAAAAACACAGAGAAUGUAGAGGAGUCUAUGAUCGACGAUUCGCGAACGAUGGACUAUGAAGCUGAUCAUUCUGCCAGUGAUGACGACUCAAGAAAUGAUAGUUUAAUAAUUAAUGAAAAUCCCGAAGAAUUAAACGAAACACAAGGCAGUAAUAUUAAAACAGAGGACCCUGUAUCAGAAAACAUAAUAGACACACCACAGCUCAACAUAACCAAGACCGAAGUCCAAGAUUACUCUGAAUCUGAAAUGUCCAUGAUGAUCAUGUCGGAAGACGAAUACUCAGUCAAAACCGAGGCCCCUGAGUGGAAAAGAGACGAAGAUAAAACACUUCUAGAAGUGUUGAAACAGAGCUUGACCCCAGAAGAGAUGAAGGAUAAAACUAUACUGGAAAUUAUUGAGCAGAAAAAGGUCCUGCAGCUGGCCUCAGGGAGCCUUCCUAAUAAAUCCUUGGACGAUGUUAGGGAACGAAUUUUGUAUUUGUUAGAGUUUUUAGUGCUUAAUGAGCAGAUGAUAAGCUAAGAGUAUUUUACAGUACACAUGGUGCUACUUUACCGCACUAGUGCGAUAAUUAGCACAUUAUGUAACUAUAUACAAAAACUAAAGGGCCAUAUGUACUGUAAAACGUUGUACGAUGCAUGUGCGAAUAGGUAAUUCACAACUCGUGUCGAUUUAAAACACUCCCUUCGGUCGUGUUUUAAUUUAUCGCACUAGUAUCGUAAUGUAUUAUUUCAACACACUUGCUCGUAACAUGGUUAACAAGUUAUUGAACCGCUUUAAGGCCUCCUAGAUAUUAAACACGCGUGAUUUUUCAUUAUAUUACUUGUUAGGUAAUGAAUUAUAAUCCGACUGACUUAAAAAGGUUGCUUGGAUUGCUAAUAAUAUGUAUGGAAACGGAGCCUUCUUAAAUUUGUCGAGUAGAUUUGGCAGGCGAGAGGCGCGGCAGGCAGUAUGCCAGAUGCAGCACUGCAUACUAACUGUUUUAACAAUUAAAAUUUGAUUAAUAUGAAAGUUUCCUUUUUUACCUCGCAAGUGUAUUGAAAAACGUUGUAUACAUAACGCGUGAAACGCGUGUGCAUUGGUCAUUUCACACAUCGGCUUUCUUUAUGCGCAAUAUCGCCUCGUGUACAAUGACCAACGUAGCACACAACACAAUGUACUAUUAAGAUUAUUUAUUACUAUGUAAUUAUACUGUUAUAAGUAUUGA